AUGGCUCAAUUUUCUGAUCGUCUAAGCCAGUACCCACUAAUUAGCGAUUCGCUGAAGGCAACGUCCAAUGCUUACUCAUGGGUUUCCAGUGGCGAACGAUUUCGUAAAAUAUUUGAACUUAGCGAAAGUGCGGCAUCUGCUCUGAAGGAGAAGGCAAAAGCCCUCGCUAGCACAGAUGCUGUAACCAAACUGGACGAGAUCGCUUGUCACCAAAUCUUGGACCGGAUGGAAUCGGUGUUUCCUUCGGUGAAAAAACCCACCGAGGAAUUGUUGGGUCCGGUAGCAGACCGCGCCCUUUCCGCCGCUGAAAGCUACCUCGAGUACUUCAUGCCGGACACUAGGGCCAGCAUCGAGGGCCAUGCUGUCGCUACACGCUACGACCGUCUAGUGCGUCUUCAGAGCGCCCUCGUCAACUCUGAGAAGGUGCAGGCGGCGCAAAACGCCAUUUCAAAAGCCUACAAGGGCAUCCAGGAUCAGUUGGCCGGUCUAUCAACUGUGACCUCGAAGGAAAGACGCGACGCCAUGCUCUCAACCAUCUCCAACCUCGCCACUGAGUACAAACAGGCCGCUGAAGUUGCCUUUCCGCGUUUCAAGACCUUUGUCAAUGGGGCCAUCGCUCAGUUGCAGGCCUUUGCGCAAGACCUCAAGCAGAUGCCUCGCCUAAAUGCCAACUCGGCGUCAGACGGCUAUUGCCUCACAUGCUUCUCUCGGUAUUGGUCCGUUUGA